AUAUAUUAAAAGAAACAGUCCGGCACAAAUAUCUAUAGAUCUCAAAAACCAAAUGGUGGAAAAAGUAGACUAAUGAAACCUUUGAGAGUAUCACCAGUCAUGAACUCCGAAUCUUCUGAGAGAAUCGUAGGAAAGGAAAUAAAUAGAACUUUACUGCAAAUUCAUUCUGCACCGAAGAAUCGUAUUACUGAGGAACUUGUGAUGAAUGUGAAAGAUUAUCUUAAGAUAGACAAAAUACCCCUUUGGUAUAAUAAGGAAUCUGAUUUGGAAACGGAAGUUGUUAAGCAACCUGGCGAGAGAUAUAAGAAUUCUAUUGGUAUUGUUUUCAGAGAUGUAAAUGAUAGCCUACCUGAUAGCGUCGUAUAUUCGUUAAGAUUGCCAAUUGACCCUGACGGUAAACUUGGGCAAAAAGAUUGGUUUACAAGAAGUGUUACCAAUAAUAUGCCAAGUCAAGCUCCUGUAGACAAAUCAAAUAUAUAUGGAGGUUCGCCAAACUACGUAGAAUCUGGUUUUUUAACAUUUCAAUUAGCAUUGGAUCACGCAAUAUUAAAACAUCGUUUACCGAAUAUUGAUGAGGCUAAUUUCGAAGUAAGAAUGAAUAGAUCGCCUCAUCCACCUUAUAAAGACGAUCCAGUAGUUCGUAUAAUGCAAUUUAUGGCCUUUGUUAUAUUUAUGUCAUACAAUGUCUUUACGGCAAAUUUCGUUAAUGGCGUUGUAGAAGAGAAGGAGAAACGUUUAAGGGAAUUUAUGAGAAUAUAUGGUCUUAAAAGUUAUCUUAACUGGCUUUCAUGGAUAUUUAAAUCACUGAUCACUCUUAUAGUCAUUACAAUAUUAUUAACGCUCUUCUUAAAAGUUAAAACAAAUAAUGGCUCAUUUUUUCCUCAAAGUGACGUAACUUUUGUCUUCUUUUUCUUUUUUAUGUAUGGAUUGAGCGUUCUCUCUUUUUGUUGUAUAACGGCUGCCAUUUUCAAUACGGUACGAGUAGCAUCUGGAUUAACAAGUCUGAUAACAUUUUUAACCUAUAUGCCUAAUUUUUUCCUGGCAAAUCAAUGGCCAAAAUUAUCUGCUGGUGCGAAAUGGGGAACUGGGAUACUAUACAAUAUGGCUUUAGGUAAUGGUUGGUCUAUUAUUCAAAUUCACGAAGGAGCUGGCUAUGGUGCAAAAUGGUCCAAUAUCAAUUCUUAUGUUACGGUUGAUCAAAAUUUUAAGCUCUCAUAUGUUCUCGCUCUUUUUACCAUUCAAAUUGUAAUUCAUUUGCUGAUUGUAUGGUAUUUAGAUAAUGUAUUUCCUGGAGAAUACGGAGUCCCAAGACCCCCAUAUUUUCCCUUUACAAAGAACUAUUGGCUUGGUACAACCCCCAAACAAGAAAGUCAGGAGAAUAUUAGAGAUUUAAAUUUUGGAGAUAUGUUUGAACAUCCGGAUUCCUCAUUAAAACCAAGUAUUAGAAUAAGACAAUUAGUUAAGACUUUCGAUGCAAAUGGCAAGAAGACUACCGCUGUAGAUAAACUCAAUAUGGAUAUAUAUGAAGGUCAAAUAACCGCUCUACUCGGUCACAAUGGUGCUGGAAAAUCAACAGCGAUGGCCAUGUUAACUGGUCUUUUAAAACCAAGUGACGGAAAUGCAUACAUUUAUGGUCACAGCAUAAAAACAGACAUAGAAAGUGCUCGACAACAUUUAGGCUAUUGUCCUCAAGAUAAUGUUCUAUUUGACCUUUUAACUGUUGAACAACAUUUGAGAUUCUUUGCCGAACUUAAAGGAUGUCAAAAGGAAAAUUUACAACGAGAAAUUGAUAGCAGUUUGAAAUUUCUUGAUCUUUUCGAAAAGAAGCACGAUUUGCCUGGUGAACUUUCGGGAGGUCAAAAGAGAAGACUUUGCAUAGGAAUAGGUCUCAUAAAUGGAUCGAAUACUUUAAUUUUGGACGAGCCAACAGCUGGUCUGGAUCCGGAAGCCAGGAGAAAAAUGUGGGACAUACUACAAAAGAUAAGAAACGAAAAAACCAUAAUAUUGGCUACUCAUUUUAUGGAUGAAGCCGAUCUUUUGGGUGAUCGUAUAGGAAUUAUGGCGAAUGGUCAAUUGCAAUGUAUAGGAUCUAGUUUGUUUCUAAAAUCGAAAUUCGGAGUUGGAUAUCAUAUGGUAAUGGCAAAAGCAUCUAAUUGUGACGUUGACAAGAUAUCACAAACAAUUAGACAGUAUGUUCCAAAUGCACUUCUGGAAUCGAACAUCAGUUCAGAACUAUCGUAUAUUCUGCCGAAAGAAAGUUCUGAAAACUAUGAGGAAAUGUUCAGGGUUAUUGAAGAUAAUCUGAAAAGCUUAGGAAUCAAUUCAUUCGGAGUUUCUAUAACAACAAUGGAAGAAGUUUUCCUAAAAGUUGGAGAAAUUACAAAAGCUGAUGGAAUAGAAAGACUACAGAAGAAGCAUGAUACAUCCUCAGAGAUUGCGAAGGAUACUGCUGAAAUAACGGCACAGACAACCGCAAUUUUUCAAUCAAAUCAAAUAAGCGGUUUGUCUUAUCAUUUCAAUCAAAUGAAGAGUCAAUUUUCCAAGAAGUUUUCUAUCAGUACAUGUUUCAAGCUCCUAUUACUUUUUCAACUAUUAUUCCCGGCUUUCCUAGUUUUACUCCCAGUUAUCAAUGCCAGAAACAUUGAAAAAUCCACGAAAUCUGAUAAUUCGCCAAAAGAUAUGACAUUAAGUAUGGUGAAUGAGAAUAAUAUUCUAUUUGGACCUUCAAUUCAAACUUUUGAAGAUGGUUACAAGAGUUAUGUCACAAAAUUUAAGGGAACAUCUUUCGAAACUACGGACAAUCCAAAUAUGACAGCUGCACUUAUUGAUAUUGGAAGGAAAGAGGUGACAACCUAUUUGAACCGAUACUUAAUUGCUUGUAAAAAAUCAAACGACACAAAAAUAGCAUUUUUCAAUGCACAAUACUAUCAUACAGCGGCUAUAUCUUUGUCAGCGUAUACGAAUGGAUUAAUGAAGGCCUUUGUGGGAGAAAAGUAUUCGAUCAAAACAAUCAAUCAUCCCUUACCUUUUCUUCCUGAUGCUCAAGCUAAAAAAGAUCAACGUUCUACCAAUAUUGUUUCCGCUGCAAUCAUUAGCAAUUUUGUCAUAUCAGCAGCUCUCCUAUUCAACUCCUUUUCUUAUUAUUUAAUAAAGGAGAGAGCAUCCGGUUCAAAGCAUUUGCAAUUUGUAUCUGGCAUAAAGAUCCUAAAUUAUUGGAUACCGCAUUAUAUUUUCGACGUGUUAUUUUGUCUAUUGGGUCUUACAUUUGUUUUGGCUGCUGCGUGUGCUGGCAGAUUGAGGGGCUUAGUAGCGGAUCUCAACUACCUAAAGGCAUUUACUCUUUCAAUUGGAUUAGCAAUGUCUGGAAUGCCUUUAACCUACCUAAUAAGCGGAUUUUUUACUACACCAACCGCUGGCAUCACUUUCAUUUUAAUGUUUUUUAUAUUCCUUGGCAUCCUCCCUAAUAUAUUAGUUAUAGUUAUGAGAAUUAUUGAUACUAGUGCCUCUAUGAACGUCGCUAUUGCGCUGGACUGGUUAUUUACUACAUUCUGGCCCUCUUACAAUUAUGGUAUCGGUUUAACAAAUAUAUUACAAAAGCAGGCAAACUUGAAAGCAUGUAGUGAUAUUGAUAAAGAUAUUAUUCGAGAAUACUGCGAAAUCAAUUCAGAAUACAUAUGCUGUAAAGAAGAAAACACAAAUACAAAUUACUUUUCUUUCGACAAAUUAGGAAUUGGAAAAAAUCUUUUGUUUCUCUUCUUUCAAGCCGCUUUAUACUUUGGCCUUGUUAUAUUUAGAGAAUCGAAUAUUUUUAUUAAUCUCAAGCGAAAAAUGAACAAUAGAUUAGUCAGCAUUCAGGAACAGUUAAAUAAUGAUCAUGAUACUGAAAUGGUAUCUAGAGUUGGACAAACCCUUGAUGAAGAUGUCGAAAGAGAAAAAAAUAAAAUAGCAUCUUUGGAAAUUCAUAAUGGUACCUAUGAUUACAUUAUUGUUGCUCAGGGAUUAUAUAAGUAUUACGGAAGUUUACUAGCUGUCAAGGACCUAUCUUUAGGUGUUAAGAAAGGAACGUGUUUUGGUCUUUUAGGUGUAAACGGAGCGGGAAAAACUACAACCUUUAAGAUGCUUACUGGAGACGAGGUGAUGAGUAAAGGAUCCGCUUAUAUCAACGGUAUCAACGUUUCAACAGACCUAGAUAAAACUCACAAACUUAUUGGUUAUUGUCCUCAAUUCGAUGCCAUCAUUGAUGAACUGACAGUAACGGAAAUGAUUAAUCUGUAUUGCAGAAUAAGAGGGGUAGAUAAUGCGAAGGAGCUCUGCAAUGAGCUAUUAGACAUUCUUCUAUUGCGCGACCAUGCCAAGAAGCUAACUGUUAAUUUAUCUGGAGGAAAUAAGAGAAAGUUAUCAACGGCCUUGGCAUUUAUUGGAAAUCCACCAAUAGUGUUUCUAGACGAACCAACUAGCGGCAUGGAUCCGUUAGCCAAGCGAAUUGUAUGGGAUGUAAUCACCAAGAUGAGAGACAAUGGAACGUCCGUAGUGCUCACCUCUCAUAGUAUGGAAGAAUGUGAAGCACUUUGUACGGAAAUGGCCAUUAUGGUUAACGGAGAAUUCAAAUGUUACGGCGGAGUUCAACAUCUGAAAUCAAAAUACGGCGAAGGCUACUCGUUAAUUGCAAAAGUAAAAUCAUCUCUCAAUGAUGAAUAUUCAUUAAGCGACGCAACCGAAGAGCUUAAAGGCUUUGUUGAGUCAACUUUCGAAGGUUCCAAAUUGAAAGAUGCUCACGACGGUUAUGUUCAUUAUCAAAUUUCGUCAACGAACGCUCGUUGGAGUACUCUAUUCUCAAUUAUGGAGAAGGCGAAAGAAAGAUAUCGAAUAGAAGAUUACUCAGUGAGUCAAACAACACUAGAAGAAGUCUUUAUAGGUUUUGCUAAGCUUCAACACGACAAAGAGCACAUUGAUAUUCCUUUUAAGAUUAGAUGUGGAAAUUAUUCUUGCGAAAUCGUCCAUAUGACGUCGCCAAGAAUUGUGCCGGAAAUGCAAUCUUCAUACAGCGUUUCAAAGCAGAAUCUGAAAAAAAAUGGAUCGUCAGCUAUAACUCAAUUUAGGAUUCUUUGCCGGAAAAAUUUUCUUUUGGUCAGUAGCAGUAAAGGUCAGCUUGCCAUCGAAUUAUUGAUACCUCUAUGCCUGGGACUUCUGUUCUUCACGUUAAGAAAUGUAAUUAAACCAGAGGUAUUCGAUCAACCAACUGUUUGGUCAGCAUUUCCUGCUAAAGAAUUUACAAAUAAAACGAAUGGAACAUACCUACAAAUUUAUUCUACACCCAAGAAUGCUCUUACAGAACGACUGGCCGAAAGUGCUCGAAAUUUUCUUAAUAUCUCUAAUCGACCUAAAUGGUAUGAUAAAGAAUCCGAUUUGGAAGCAGAUAUCGUAAAACAACGUGGAGACGAUUAUAAGAAUGCUAUUGGUAUCAUAUUUAAAGAAAUGGAUAAUGGUAAACUUGCCGAUGAGGCAGUCUAUUCUUUAAGAUUCCCUACCGAUCCUGAUGGAAAACUUGGUGCAAAGGAUUGGUUUACUAGGGGUGUACAGAGACAAUUUAUUACAUUAAGUCCUGUAGAAAAGGAUGUUAUUUAUGGAGCUGAUCCAAGCUAUGCCGAAACUGGGUUUUUACCAUUACAAUUAGCUAUAAAUAGGGCAUUAUUGAGAGAGCGUUCGUCACAAAUUAGCGAAUCCUACUUUGACAUAUUAAUGAACAGACUACCUCAUCCACAUUAUACUAGUGAUCCAAUUCCGACAAUGAUGCCCUUCCUCGCAUUCAUAAUAUUUAUAUCAUUCAACGUUAAUACGCUAAAUUUUAUUAGAGGCGUUGUACUAGAGAAAGAGAAACGCCUUAAGGAACUGAUGAAAAUUUGUGGCUUAAAAAGUUCCCUUAAUUGGUUCGCUUGGAUACUGAGAUCUAUGAUUGUACUCGUAGUCGUUUCAUUGUUGUUUACAUUCUUUUUAUGUGUACAAACAAAAAAUGGAGCAUUCUUAGCAAAGAGUGAUCCAUCACUCAUUUUCGUAUUCUUUCUCAUGUACGGAAUGUCAGUUCUUUCCUAUUGCUGUAUAGUCUCAGCUAUUUUUUCUCAAGCCAGAGCUGCUGCAACAGUUGGAUCAUUAUUUAGUUUCUUCACCUAUAUGCCAAAUUUUUUCCUAGCCAAUAGAUGGGAAGCAGUAUCCACAGGUGCGAAAUGGGGAACUGGAGUACUAUACAAUAUGGCUUUGGUACAUGGAUGGACAUUAUUUCAACUUCAUGAAACAGCUGGCUAUGGAGCUAAAUGGUCCAAUAUCAAUUCUUAUGUGACAGUUGAUCAGAAUUUCAAAAUAGCUAAUGUACUUAUACUUUUCACCAUUGAUAUUGUUGUUUACCUUUUUAUUGCUUGGUAUUUGGACAACGUAUUUCCGGGGCCAUAUGGUAUUCCAAAACCACCAUAUUUUCUAUGUAGUAAGGCAUUUUGGACAGGUAGUCCUGUUGAAACAGAUAAUUUUACAGAAGAAAUAAAUGACACUCAGUUGAAUGAUAUGUUCGAAAAACCUACGGACAACCUAAAUAUAGGCAUAAGAGUAAGGAAGCUUGAAAAAUCUUUCAGUGUGAGAGGAAAGAAAACUAAAGCUGUUAAUGGACUUGAUAUGGACAUCUUUGAAGGUCAAAUAACUGCUCUACUCGGCCACAAUGGUGCCGGCAAAUCGACAGCGAUGGCCAUGUUAACUGGUCUUUUAAAACCAAGCGGCGGAAAUGCUUAUAUUAAUGGUCACAGCAUAAAAACAGAUAUAGAAGGUGCUCGACAGCAGUUAGGCUAUUGUCCUCAAGAUAAUGUUGUGUUUGAUCUAUUAACUGUUGAACAACAUUUGAGAUUCUUUGCCGAACUUAAAGGAUGUCAAAAGGAAAAUUUACAACGAGAAAUUGAUGAUACAAUCAAUCUCCUUGGGUUAAAUGAUAAGAGAAAAGAUUUUGCAGGUAAGUUGUCCGGUGGUCAAAAGAGAAGACUGUGCAUUGGUAUUGCCUUGAUUAAUGGAUCAAAUACUUUAAUUUUGGACGAGCCAACAGCUGGUCUGGAUCCGGAAGCCAGGAGAAAAAUGUGGGACAUACUACAAAAGAUAAGAAACGAAAAAACCAUAAUAUUGGCUACUCAUUUUAUGGAUGAAGCCGAUCUUUUGGGUGAUCGUAUAGGAAUUAUGGCGAAUGGUCAAUUGCAAUGUAUAGGAUCUAGUUUGUUUCUAAAAUCGAAAUUCGGAGUUGGAUAUCAUUUGGUAAUGGCAAAAGCAUCUAAUUGUGACGUUGACAAGAUAUCACAAACAAUUAGACAGUAUGUUCCAAAUGCACUUCUGGAAUCGAACAUCAGUUCAGAACUAUCGUAUAUUCUGCCGAAAGAAAGUUCUGAAAACUAUGAGGAAAUGUUCAGAGAUAUUGAAGAUAAUCUGGAAACUUUAGGAAUCACUUCAUUCGGAGUUUCUAUAACAACAAUGGAAGAAGUUUUCCUAAAAGUUGGAGAAAUUACAAACGCUGAUGGAAUAGAACGCCUUAAAAAAACUGAAGAUUCAAAGGAACUGUUGGGGGAAAAUACGGAUUUUACCCAACUGGAAGCAAAUGUUUUAUUUCAAUCAAAAACUUUGCAAGAUUUCAAUUUUACUUUCGAACAACUGAAAAGUCAAUUUUCAAAGAAACUCUCAGUUACAUUAAAUAAUAGGAUUUUGGCUUUCUUUCAGAUGAUUUUUCCUGAAAUUUUAGUUUUAUUAGCAGUUAUUAAUAGUGAAAAUAUAGAGAACGCUACAAAAGCUGAUAAUUCGGAGAGAGAUUUAAGUUUGGGUAUGGUAGAUCAUAAUAAUGUUGUAUUUGGAUCUACAGUUCAAGCUUUUGAAGAUGGUUACAAGAGUUAUGUCACAAAAUUUAAGGGAACAUCCUUCGAUACUACGAACAAUCCAAAUUUAACCGCUGUACUUAUUGAUAUUGGAAAGCAAGAGGUUACAACCUUUUUGAGCCGGUAUUUAAUUGCUUGUGAAAUGUCAACGAACACGAAAAUAGCGUAUUUCAAUGCACAAUACUAUCAUACAGCGGCUAUAUCUUUAUCAGCGUACAUGAAUGGAUUAAUGAAGGCCUUUGUGGGGGAAAAGUAUUCGAUCAAGACGUUCAAUCAUCCUCUACCUUUUCUUCCUGAUGCUAAAGCUAAAAAAGAUCAGCAGUCAACAAAUAUAGCAUCUACUGGAGUUGUCAGCAAUUUUAUAAUUGCAUCUGCUAUUAUCUAUGGAACUUUAUGUAUAUAUGCAAUAAAGGAAAGAAUGUCCAAAUCGAAACACCUUCAAUUUGUCUCAGGCGUGUCGUCAUUGAAUUAUUGGAUACCACACUACAUUUAUGACUUUCUAAAUAUUCUCCUUGCCUUGACUAUCAUAAUAAUUAUUGCAACAGCUGCUCAAUUGAAGGGUCUAAAAUCAGAUGAGAACUAUUUGAAAGCAUUUGUAUUGAGUAUCAGUUUUGCAUCAGCCGGUGUUCCCUUAACGUAUUUGUUUUGCAAUUUAUUUACGGUUCCAUCUACUGGUAAUACCAUGGUUUUAAUGAUGUACUUAUUUAGUGGUACUGCUACAGUCCUUUCCGUUUUGGUAAUGAGGAUAAUUGGCACAACUGGAGCUUUGCAAGUUAGCGAAAUUUUAGAUUGGAUAUUCACUUUCAUUUGGCCCUUUUACAAUUUUGGUAUAGGGCUGGCAAACAUUUUUGAAAAACAGGCGAAUUUGAAAACAUGCGGAAAUAUUGAUGAAAGUACUCUUCAGAGCUACUGUAAAACAAAUGACAAUUUCCUUUGCUGUAAAUCGGAAAACAGAGAUUCAAAUUAUUUCUCUUUUGACAAUGGAGGAAUUGGAAAACACAUUCUCUUCCUUUUUCUACAAGGAGCAGUUUUCUUUGGUAUUGUUGUUCUCAAGGAGUCAAAUAUGUUUGUUCACUUGAAAAGAAAGAUGCAUAAAAAACUAGUAGAAGCUCAUGAACAAAUUAAUGAUGAUUCUAGUCCUGAAAAAAUUUCUUCUUCAAGGCCAGCAGUCAAUGAAGAUGUCGAUAGACAAAAAGAAAAAAUUUUAUCCUGGGAAAUCAAUGAUCAAACUUCUGAAUAUGUUCUAGUCGCGAAGACGCUAUACAAGUAUUACGGAAGUUUACUAGCUGUCAAGGACCUAUCUUUAGGUGUUAAGAAAGGAACGUGUUUUGGUCUUUUAGGUGUAAACGGAGCGGGAAAAACUACAACCUUUAAGAUGCUUACUGGAGACGAGGUGAUGAGUAAAGGAUCCGCUUAUAUCAACGGUAUCAACGUUUCAACAGACCUAGAUAAAACUCACAAACUUAUUGGUUAUUGUCCUCAAUUCGAUGCCAUCAUUGAUGAACUGACAGUAACGGAAAUGAUUAAUCUGUAUUGCAGAAUAAGAGGGGUAGAUAAUGCGAAGGAGCUCUGCAAUGAGCUAUUAGACAUUCUUCUAUUGCGCGACCAUGCCAAGAAGCUAACUGUUAAUUUAUCUGGAGGAAAUAAGAGAAAGUUAUCAACGGCCUUGGCAUUUAUUGGAAAUCCACCAAUAGUGUUUCUAGACGAACCAACUAGCGGCAUGGAUCCGUUAGCCAAGCGAAUUGUAUGGGAUGUAAUCACCAAGAUGAGAGACAAUGGAACGUCCGUAGUGCUCACCUCUCAUAGUAUGGAAGAAUGUGAAGCACUUUGUACGGAAAUGGCCAUUAUGGUUAACGGAGAAUUCAAAUGUUACGGCGGAGUUCAACAUCUGAAAUCAAAAUACGGCGAAGGCUACUCGUUAAUUGCAAAAGUAAAAUCAUCUCUCAAUGAUGAAUAUUCAUUAAGCGACGCAACCGAAGAGCUUAAAGGCUUUGUUGAGUCAACUUUCGAAGGUUCCAAAUUGAAAGAUGCUCACGACGGUUAUGUUCAUUAUCAAAUUUCGUCAACGAACGCUCGUUGGAGUACUCUAUUCUCAAUUAUGGAGAAGGCGAAAGAAAGAUAUCGAAUAGAAGAUUACUCAGUGAGUCAAACAACACUAGAAGAAGUCUUUAUAGGUUUUGCAAAGCUUCAAAAGGAAAGAGAAUGCAGAAAUAUUCCUCCCAGUAUUCAAUGUAGAAAUUGUAUGAAAUUUCUGUUUUGUUGUGGUUGCUGCAAUUAA